AUGUCAUCAACAGAGAAGUCUUCAGGAUCUUCUUCUGCUCCUGGUGGUACUACUGGUAGUAAUUCCAGAGAAGAUAUACGAGGACAAUUAUCUGAUAUUCAAAAGAGAUUAUUUGGAAAGAAAUCCCAGGGAAAAUUAUCCAAAUCUACACCUACUUUAUCAGGUACUCCUACUCCACCUACUAGUGAACAUGAUUUGUUAACUCAACCACCAACAUCUGGUUCUUCCACUACUAGAUCACCUACUAGUAGUUCAAUGAGUACUCGUCUGAGAAGAUCUUUAGUACCAAUGGUACCUCAACAACCUCCAAGUCUUGGACCAGAAUCAAAAGGUAAUGAUAUGAAUUUUGUAGUUGGAUUAAGUGAAAACUUGUUAACUGAAUGUCGUAGAUUAAAUUCUGAAAAUACUAAAGUUAAAUCAAAAUUGAAAGCUGCUUUAGAAGAAAUUCAAUUAUUUAAAGAUGAAAUUUUUCAAUUGAAAAAUUAUAAUGAUUUUCAAGUUAAUGCUGAAAAGGAUUUAAAAGAUAGGAAUUGGGAAUUGGAAUCAACUGUCAUAAGUUUAAAAGAUCAAAUAACUCAUUUAAGAGAUUCAAAUGAUAAAUUAACCACUGAAAAUGAAAAAUUACUGAAUGAAGUUACCACCUUAAAUAAAGAACAAGAUAAAUUGGAAUUAGCAAAUGAAUCCUUAGUGAAAAAUUUAGAUUCCUUAAAACGAGAAUACAAGAAUCAAGUUACAACAUUAAAUGAACGUAUUGAGAAUCUUAAUGAUGAAAAUGACCAAUUGCAUUUACGACUAACCGCGUCUACAGUAUCAAUUGAUUCAACAAAAGAAGGAGAAUCUUUAGAUAAAUCAAUUAAAGACUCAGAAGAGAUAAACGAUGAAGAUGUUACUGAUUUUGACUCAAUGUUAUUGGAUUUAGAACCACAUACCAUGCCAGACUCAGAUCCAUCCAAUCCACAGUUAGAAAUUGAAACUUUAAGAUCUACAUUACAACAUUCCAAUAGAACAAUUGCAAAAUUAAGAUCAUCAAUGCUUAAAUUAAGAAAAGAAGAACUUCAAACUUCUAGAGGAGGUUCCCCAUUCAAGAAAUUAAGACAACCUAAAUCAAGAAAUGAUGCAUUAACUAGUCAACAACUUCAACAACAACAACUGCAUUCCAAUAGAAGUUCUACGAUUUCUCCAUCUAAGCGUGAUUCCAGAUUUAUUGUUGUGGAUGACGAUCUCUCAUUUGGUUCUGAAUUCCCAACUGAAGGUGGUCAAUGGGAAGAUUUUAUUGCCGAUGUAGAAACUUCACCUUCCAAGAAGAAAAAGAGGAAGUCUGCUGAACCACAAGAACAUCAUGUUCCGCAACUUGUACAAUCAGAUUCCGAAGAAGAAGAAGCUACUGAAACUGCUACUAUUGAACAAAGGACAUUAUCUAAAGAAUUGGAUCUUUCAUUCGAGCAACAAUUAGAACAAUAUACGAAAUCAAAGAACUUGGUGUUGAUUUCAUUUGAUGAAUUACAGACAUUAAAGAACAAUAAUAUCAUGACAUUAUCUGAUGACAAGAUUCUUGACUCAGCAAAGGAAAAGGGAUAUCAUAUUUUGACAAAGAGUGAAUAUGAAGACUUGAUGAAUGAAGAGGAAAUGAAGAAGAAAUUGGAAGGAAAGGGUUUAGUUACAUUACCACAAGAUGAAUUUGAAAAAUUCAAGAAUCCAACAAUUGAAUUCCUUAGUGAUAAAGCUUCAGAAAUGGACUUUAAAUUACUCAAACAAUCAGAAAUUGAUGAAUUAAAUGAACAAUCUCGUGGAUAUAAUAACCCUACUGAAUCUUAUUUGGUUUCAAAAUUACAGAAUUUUAAUUUGUUCCCAGUUACAGAAGCAGAACUUAAAGAAUAUCAUUAUUUGGCGGCAGAGCAUGAAAAACCAACCAAGGCAUAUUUGACAGACAAGGCGAAUGCAUUAGGAUUAAUUGUUUCAUCAGCCCAAUUGUAUGAUACUUUGGAAAAGAAUGCCAAUGAACCAUCUUAUGAACAUAUUGUUGAAAAGGCAAAGAGUCAAAACUUUCAAGUUAUUCCUCAAGAUGAAUUUGAAAAAUUAACGAAUCCAACAUUAGACGAGAUUACUUCUCAUGCAACAGAAAGAUUCAAUUCUAAGGUGGUUGCAAAUGAGCAAUUUGAAGAAUUAGUAAAUCCAUCAAUUGACGCAAUUAAACAACAUGCCGACAAACACAAUAUGACAGUCAUCCCAAUUGAACAAUAUACCCAACUUGAACAAUCCAUUGCUAAACCAUCUUUGGAAUAUUUGGAAACUCAUGCAGCUGAUUAUAAUCAUCGACUCAUAAAUGAAGAAGAACUUGAAAAGUUGAAUAAAUUGGCCAAUGAACCAAGUUUAUCUCAUAUCAAAUUACAUGCCGACAAGAAUGAUUUGGUUACUUUAUCAAAAUCAGAAUUCACUCAAUUGUUCAAAGAUGCCAAUGAACCAAAUAUGGAACAUCUUACUACCAAGGCUGGCGAAAAGGGUUUUGUGGUUAUUAAGAAUGUUGAAUAUGAUGAAUUGAAACAAACGAUUGAUACCCCUUCAAUUGAUUAUAUUAAACAAAAGUCUGGUGAAUUGAAUCAAGCUGUCAUUCCUAAGGAAGAAUAUGAAAGUUUAGGUCAGCUUGCACAUAAGCCAACGUUGGAACAAAUUACCAAUCAUGCCAGAGAAUUGAAUUAUGAAGUUGUAAACAAGGAAGAAUUGGAUAAUUUGAAUAAGAAUGCAAAUGAACCAUCUUUGGAAUAUCUUGAAUCAAAAGCAACAAAUAUGAAUCAUGUGAUUGUGAAUAAGGAUGAAUAUUCUACAUUGACCAACUUGGCUUAUUCUCCAAAUGUUGAUCACAUUGUUUCGGUUGCCGAAAAAUUAGAUCAUAAAGUCGUACCUACAUCUGAAUAUGUUUCCAUAUCUGAACAAGCAACAAAUCCAACAAUUGAACAAUUGCAAACCAAGGCAGCUGAUAAAGGAUAUAAAGUCAUUCAUGAAGAUGAAUACAAUAAUAUUUCCUCUUUGGCCAAUGAUCCUUCAUUAGAACAUAUCCAGAAUAAAGCAGAAUCUUUGUUCCAACAUGUCAUAGUUCCAAAUGAAGAAUGGAAUCAAAUCAAUUCACGUGCAAAUGAACCAUCCUUAGAUCACAUAGUUUCGAAAGCAUUGGUAUUAAAUCAAGUUGUAAUUCCACAAUCAGAAUUAUCAGAAUUGAAGGAAUUAGCAUAUGAACCAAGUAUCGACCAUCUUCGUUCAUUGGCUGAAAAGAAGGAUUGUAAAGUUGUUUCAAAUGAAGAGUAUGCAAACUUGGAUAAAUUGGCAAAUGAUCCAGAUAUUGAUAGAAUCACAGAAUUGGCAAUUGCAAAAGAUCAUGUAGUUAUGACAGACGAUCAAUACAAUGAUAUGAGAAAUGUGGUUAGUAACCCAUCUAUUGAAUAUCUUGCUCAAAAAGCUGGUGAAUUGGGACAAUCGAUUAUCAAGACUGAAGAAUUGGAUGAAUUGAAGAGAAUUAUUGACGAUCCUGCUAGAGAACAUCUUGAAGCAAAGGCAGCUGCUUUUGGUUGUAAACUUAUCGACAAUGAGCAAUUAGCAAAAUUGGAACACAAGGCAUAUAAUCCAGAUUUGGAAUUGAUUAAAUCACAUGCUGGUAAAUUAGGUUAUGAAGUUGUUUCAAAUGAAGAAUUAUCCAACUUGAACAAAUUGGCUAAUGAACCUGAUUUGGACCAUGUUGUUAAUAAAUCAAAGGCAUUAGGAUAUAUUCCAAUUCCAGAAGAUGAGCAUGCAGCAUUAUUGAAUUUAGCCAACGAACCACCACAAGAACAUAUCGAAUCCAAAGCACAAGCAUUGGGAUUAGUCACAAUCCGCAAGGAAACGUUUGAUGACAUGAAUAAGACCAUUAAUGAACCAGCUUGGGAAUUCCUUACUCAAAAAGCAGCCGAUCUCCAUUAUUCAGUUGUGAUCAAUAAACCAGAAUAUGAGAAUUUGAAACAAGCCGCUGAUAAUCCAACCAUUGACCAAUUGAAAUCCAAAGCAACAGCUCUUGACCAUGUAAUUGUCCCAACUGCAGAAUUAAACGAUUUACAUAAUUUAAUUGAUAAUCCACUGAAGGAAUACAUGAAUGAAAAACUGGAAAGUAUGGGAUUCAAACUAAUGGAAAGACAAGAAUAUAAUAAUUUAUCUGAAUUAGCCAACAAUCCUGCCCAAUCUCAUAUUAGAAAUAAAGCAAUUGCGUUAGGUAUGACGUUAAUUUCUGCCAAGGAAUUGAAUCAAUUGAAACGUAGCCGUGAUGACCCAUCUGUUGAAUAUUUGGAAAGUAAAGCAAAGGAAAAACAAUUGUCUAUAAUGCCAGAAGAAGAAUUGGAGAAGUUGAAACAUACUAUUGAUGAACCAAGUUUGCAACAUUUGGAACAGAAGGCAAGUGCUAAUGGUCGUGUAUUGGUUGAAAAUGAAAAAAUUGAAACUAUGAAGAAGAAUAUUGAUGAACCAACUAGUGAUUAUUUGAGAGAGAAGAGUUCUGCUCAAGGACUUGAAUUAAUUCCUGUGAACGAAUUGUUGAAGUUGAGACAUGACUUGGAUGAACCUAGUGUUGAAUAUUUACAAGAAAAAGCCCAUGUUCAAAAGAUGGAAUUGAUUAAUGUUAGAGAAUUGGCCAAUUUGAAGAAUUCUGUUGAAAAUCCAAGUGUUGAUUAUUUGAAAGAAAAGGCUCAUUCGAAGGACAUGGAAUUGGUUAAUAUUGCCGAAUUGUCAAGAAUGAAAUUGGAUAUUGAAGAACCAUCUGUUGAUUAUUUAUCUACUAAAGCAGAAUCUCAAGGAUUGAAUUUGAUCAAGAUUGACGAAUUAUCUAAGUUGAGAAACGAUAUUGAAGAUCCUAGUGUCGAAUACUUGAAAGAGAAGAGUCGCGCAAAGCAUUUGUAA